AUGUCUCUAUUAAAACUAAAAUAAAUAGAUAUUGUAGGAUCAAAUCCUAUUAAAACUGAAGAUUCUGGUAAAAUUGACACUGUAUGCUUUGAUAAAACUGGAACACUAUCUACAUCAGGUUUAUAGGCGAAUUAUUAUAUUCCUCAUCAAGAGUCUUUAUUGGAAAUCAUGGCUUAUUGUCAUCACUUGACUAUAAUUAAUGAGGAGUUAAAUGGAGAUCCAUUAGAAUUAGAAAUUUUUAAAUUAACUGAUUGGAAUAUCAAUUUUGAUAACUAAAAGUACUUCAAAGUUUCAAAAAACGAAAAGAGUUUUUGGUGA